CACUCCAGCCACAACCUGUCACGAUUCGUGUAGAACCUCCUCUCGCCACUCAACGAACCAUGCUAGUGUUGCUGUAUAUAGAGAGGGCUAGAGGCACUGCAACGUUGGUGGAUUUGUUCGCGACAAGCUAAGCCCAAGAGCCGCGCUCUCUCUAAGGACGUAGUGGUGCUAGUGCGGUGGCCCAAGCUCCUCGAUCGGGUGUUGGAGGGAUGGCGGAGCCGAGGCGCACGCGGCCGUCGACGUUCCAGUGCGCCGCGGCCACACUGCUGGCUCUGGUCGUCGUAGUGGUCAUCGUCGUCCUCCUGUGGCUCUUCCUCCACCCGUCGAAGCUCCACCUCUCCGUCGACCACGCCGCCACGGCGGGGUUCAACUUCACGACCGCCGGCGCGCUCACGGGCGCCUUCGACCUCACCCUGCGCGCCUACAACUGGGACGAGCGCGCCGCGGUGUUGUACCGCUCGCUCGACGUCGGGGUGUGGUACAACGGCACGUACCUCGCGGGCGCCCAGGCGCCGGGGUUCAUCCAGCCGCCGGAGAACGAGACGAGGAUCGACGUGGCCGCGCAGGCCGCUGCGACGGAGGUGCUGCCGCGGGACGUGGAGGCGGGCAUGAAGAGGGAGCGGACGGAAGGGAAGCUGACGGUGGACGUGCACGUCUGGGCCAAGGUGCGGUUCCGGUACGGCGUGGUGAGGACGCGGCGGUACACCGUGCGCGCGAGCUGCCCGGCGGUGGUCGUCGACUUCGCGUCGCCGACCUCGUUCGACCGGGUCUACUGCCACAUUCAUAUCUGAUGAGUACUCGAUAAUACUGCGCGCGUGUGGACAACACUUUCACAAGCAUGGGGUGGUGUUUCUUUCUCGUUUGCUUCAAGGAUUCGUUUGGGUUUGGAUUGAUUCUUCUUUUGUGUGCUAUUUCUUUCAUCGCUUAUGCCUAUGUUAAUCUUUGAUGUAAACUGAUUUCCAUGGAUUGUAUAAAUAUUUUUUGACUGGUCUC